ACACCACGAAGAAACCUUUCAACGGUGUGAGUGAUCCCAGUCGACGAUUGCAGCCGCGUGGUAGGGGCAGAAUCGAGGAUGCCAGUCUUCCCCGGGCCACGGAUCCGAACAGGGUGUUUUCCGAUCGCCUACGCUCUUUUUUUUUUUUAAUCUGCUCCUGGAAAUUAUGAGUUAUGAGUUUUGCGAUGUUUCUUAACCAAGUGUUGUUGUGAAGAACAGUUCUUGCAGACGAGGACGCUUUCGCGCACGUGUGUCUGUUUGGACUACUUUUUAUUUUCGCUCUUUGUAAGAUGAAGAGUUUGUGAUCAGAAGAUUGCGAGAUCGAGGAAAAAUGAAGACUGAGGUGGAAACGGAUCCAGAGUGCCCUGACAGUAUCCUCUGUCCAAACAACAACAAUAAUAACACUACUACUAACAAUAAUAAUAACGUGACGAAUAACAAGAAGAUUGGUACAACCAUCGGCAGCAACGAUGCCCACGAUGGAAUGGAAAUGGAUUGCGGUGGUUGCGGGGAAAGCGUUCGUGAACGCACUGUCCUCUGUGUAGGGGGUCGUACCUGGCAUUCCAGGUGCCUCAAGUGUUGCGCCUGUGCGAGACCCUUGCACGAUCAGCACUCCUGUUUCCUUCGGGGGAUGCGACUUUACUGCAGGCACGACUACGCCUUAACCUUUGGCGCCAAGUGUGCGAAGUGCGGUCGCAGCGUGGGCGCCGGUGACUGGGUCAGAAGAGCCCGAGAGAGGGUUUAUCAUUUGGCCUGCUUCGCCUGUGACGCCUGUUCCAGACAAUUGUCCACAGGCGAGCAAUUCGCCCUUCUGGAUGCACGGUUGCUGUGCAAGGCUCAUUAUCUGGACGUGGUGGAGGGAAAUAAUACCUCGUCUUCGGAGGACUGUGACUCCGAGCACGGUGGCAAGGGCAGCAAGACGAAGAGGGUCAGGACGACCUUUACCGAGGAACAACUGUCCGUUUUACAAGCUAACUUUCAGUUGGAUAGUAACCCCGACGGACAGGACCUCGAGAGGAUAGCUCAUGUCACGGGCCUCAGCAAAAGGGUCACCCAAGUCUGGUUUCAGAACUCGAGGGCCAGGCAGAAGAAACAUAGCGGAAAGAUUAAGACGCAGAGUGAGUGUAUGAACAUUCAUUGGUUGAAAUUCAAUAUUCUGCACCAUUCGCCACCGAUGCAGCAUCAUCCAGGAGAGUUCUAUCCCUCUGGAGUGAACAUGGUGGGCGCCUAUUUGGGUGGAUAUCAGGGUGGUAGCGCAGGAAGCGAAAGUCCUGGGAGUCCAUUGACACCGCUCACCCCCUUAACGCCCUUAACCCCCACCACGCCGAAUCACCUUCAGACCCAGUUCUGUCAUCAAACGGGGUAAUUUUAUUUGAAAAUUACAAAUAUCAU